AUGGCCAGCCAGCCAAGUCCAACCAGAGCAUCGCAGGAAGCGUCGGCGGUAAUCCGAAGGUCCAGGGUUCCAAUGCCGUUCAAACGCGACCACGACGUCUCUUCGAUGUACUUCCAUAGGGUCAGGUCGGACAUCGAGGACAUCAUGACCGACCCGCCGCCAUUAAUCUACAUCGCGCCGGAGGAGAACGACAUCACCCAGAUCAACGCCCUGGUGGUGGGACCUUCCGACACGCCGUACGAGGGUGGGUUUCUGCGAUUCCGCAUCGUGUGUCCGAACGAGUACCCGAUCGAGCCGCCCCGAGUUUGUUUCCUGACCACAGAUGCUGGCCGUGUGCAGCUGCACCCGAACCUCUACCCGAGCGGCGGGGUGUCCCUGAGCAUUCUGGGCACUUAUGAGGGGCCUCACUGGAGCCCGGCUCAGUCGAUAGGCAGCCUGCUCGUUUCCAUCCAGUCGCUGCUCACCGACGACCCAUUCUACAACGGGCCUUACGUCGCCAAAGGUACGCACCAGGAAGCCGCGAGCAACUACAGAGUCUUUGUGCGCCACGAGGUUGUGAGGGUAGCUGUGUGCGACGAGGUGGAAAGUUGCCUCGAGGACAACUCUCAGCAGCCGGCAGUGCUUCGGGAGAAAGUGCUGGAGUUGUUCCCCGAGUUCUACGACAGGUACGAAGAAGCUGUCAGGAGCCACCUGCAUCUGACUGGCACCAGAAUGCAAGACCCGAUUAGCUUCGCUCACGGCGUCUAUCAGCACGAUGCGCUGCUGUCACGGCUUCGGGACCUGAAGGCGAAAGUACAGAAACGAAGCGAGUCUGUGCUUUUAAAGGAAAGCCAGUAG